AUGGAGCCAUACCCCAUUGACGUUCGGCAAGAUGACACAACGUCCCUGGGCGUCCCGCGGCACUACUCGGGCGAAGCGCAGCGGCUGGCGGACCCCAACUACGGCCCGAUCCCAGGCGAGUCAGACCUCUACAGCAGCUACUGGGGCGACGAUCGGCCGUUUCCGGGCAACGUCACGGACCCGAUCUUCCCGACGGAGGAUGGCCCGCCGGGAGAAGACGACGUGGUGUGGCAAAACCUGCUCGCAGCGGAGUGGAUUAUCUUUGAGUUCUACCAGCAAGGCAUCGAGCGGUUCUCGGACGAGGACUUUGUCAAGGCGGGCAUGCCCAAAGACACACGCCAACGCCUCAAGGAGAUCCGCAACAACGAAGCCGGCCACCUGCGCAUCUUCCAAAACGCCAUCUCUCCAACUUCGCUCAAGCCGGGCCGCUGCCGAUACAACUUCCCGCUAACCGAUCCGCUCUCGUACCUCGCUUUCAUGACCGUCCUCGAGAUCUCCAGCAUGGCCUUCCUCACGGGGCUCGUUCAGGACGCCAAGCUGGACUGGAGCCAUGGGGCCAUCGCGGCCGUGUCUCAGACUGAAGCUCGACACGAAGUUUGGGCACUGACACAGCUCUGGAAGGAGAGCCCGUUCGGCGGCCCCACAGAGACGACGUUCCCCUACGCCAACCAGAUCCUCUACAGCACACACAAUCUCGUCGUCCCGGGCAGCUGCCCUCCCGAGAACCCGGAGUACCCGUACCCUCGACAGCUGCUCCCGGCGCUGUCGGCGGCCCCGGAUACCAAGAGCCUCACGCCGGGUUCCACGAUCAAGCUGGCCUUUACCGACAAGGACAACCAGCCAGAGUUUGACCCUGAUGAGAAGUACUACGCCGUGUUCUUCCACGGGAUGCGCAACAUCAGUGUCCCGCUCGACACCAGCAAGUUUCCGGAGCAGCCGAUCUCGGUCACGAUCCCGAAGGCGUUUGAGGGGCGGGGCGUGAUGGUUGCGCUGGUGGCCAAUGAGCCUGGGGCGCCGACCAAGCAGUCGGUGGUGGCCGGGCCGUCGGUCAUCCUGGAGCAGCCGGCCGCGCUGGGUGCUGCUCUCGUCCGGGGGCAGUAA